AUGGGAGAGCAGCAGGAAAUGAAGGGGAUGGUUGUUCUGGGGAAUCACUUAGGACAGGCCAAGAAAUCUGAACUUUUGUUCAAGAAAAAUGACAGGAGAGUGAAGGGAUUCAAUCAGAUAAUCUCCAGUCCCCGUGCAGACAGUGUUUCUGCACUUACAGGUGAAACGUUCACCACUCCCCAGCAGGGAGGUGAGUUCACAGAACCCAAACCCUUAUGUCAGGUUCAGUCGCUGAACAGGUCGGAUGCUGCCCCUGCUUCCACUGUCCCGACAGCAAAUGUCAACUGGAAUGUGCUGUGGAGAUAUGAGAGUGAUGGGCAUGCCCACUUGGAAAUGGGAAUUAUCUUCCUCACUCAGAUUGGAGCUGGGAUCCUGGAAAACGCCUCCCUCCUUUGUCUUUAUAACUUCACUUUGCUCACUGGAUACAAGAUGAGACCCACAGAUCAGAUUCUUAACCAACUGGUGUUAGCCAAGAACUUGGCUCUUUUCUUCAGAGGGAUCCCACAGACAAUGGUAGCCUUUGCGUUGAAAUAUUUCCUGGAUGAUGUUGGGUGUAAGCUUGUCUUCUAUUUAUACAGAGUGGCCAGAGGGGUUUCUCUCAGCACUACCUGCCUUCUGAGUGGCUUUCAGGCCAUUGAGUUUUGCCCCAGAACCUCUUUUUGGAUGGAGUUCAGAAAUAGAUCCCCAAAAUGCAUUGGCUUCCAUAGUUUUUCUUUCUGGAUCCUACAACUCUUGGUAAAUGUCUGCAUUCUUAUGAGAGUGAUUGGCCCCAGAAACAGCAAAAAUGUAAGUGUGAAAACAAAUUAUGGCUCCUGCUCCUCACUCAUGCCAGACAGAUUUAUCAGCUUGUUACAGGCAGUUAUAUUAUCUUCCAUUGUUGCUAUGGGUGUGGGUUUCAUGAUACAGACUAGUGGGUACACAGUGUUUGUCCUGCACAGGCACAAGCAGUGAGUCCAACACAUUCACAGCAGCAGACUUUGCCCCAGAACUUCCCAUGAGGCCAGAGUCAUACGCACCAUGCUGAUCCUGGUGAGCUUCUUUGUCUACUUUUACUGUCUCUCCUCCAUUUUGACUGUUUGUAUUACUGUAAUUGUGAAUCCAGGCCACUGGCUUGUGGACACCUCUCUGCUAAUAGCUUCACAUUACCCAGCCUUCAGCCCCUUUGUGCUCAUCAGCAGCGACACCUGAGUCUCUCAGUUAGUCUUUGAUUUCUGCACCAGAAAAUGUUUUUUUCUCAUCUAG